AUGACGGCGCUGGCGCUGGCAGUGGCGCUCGUGCUGCUGCCCACGGCGUCCGCCUUCUCGCUCCUGAGGCACGACACCAGCCCUCUGUUCACCAAGGCCUUCCAGGUGCACUCUCUGACCUCGGAGAGCUACGAGGACAUGCUCAAGGCCUCGGACACAGUCUGGCUCGUGGACUACUACGCGCCGUGGUGUCCGCACUGCCGCCACUUCGCCCCCGAGUGGGAACGGAUCGCCAACUUUUACGCCAAAACCGACAAAGUCAAAGUGGGCGCCGUGGACUGCACCAAGUACACUGAAAUUUGCAAUAGCGAGAACAUUCACGGGUAUCCGGGAGUGAAAAUUCACCAUGUCCCGGCAGACGCGGAGAAGGCCAUUAUGAUGCCCCUAGGCGCCAAGAACACUAAAGUGGUGAUUAGCUGGGCGGAGAGGAAGAUGGAGGAGCACGGGAUCAAGUCUGGGGUCAAUGUUGAGGACCUUAACGCUCAGUUGAAGAAUUUCAGGGGCGACGGCUCCCUGGAGAUGAAGUACAAACGUCUGCAUGAUGCAGGUAUCGCUGCCGUGUCGACGUUCCAGAACGGGUUCUUCAUGGGGGAGAGUGUGCUGGAAGGAGAGAGGUACGACGCGGCGUUGAAUUGGGCGGAAGCGUUGGCGGCGUCGUUCCCGAUGAAGAAGAAUAGAAUGGCUUUGUCGAUGCUAGUGGAGUCCAUGAAGACGAGCAAUCAUUGGAGUUAUGCGGACUGGGGAGUGUUGCUGACCAAGUGGAAGGAAGCGGCGAGUCAGAUGACGUUUCCACCGAGCUUGUUCACGUCCAGUGAGGAUAAAAGUUGGGCGCACUGCAAGUCGUACACGUGCGGGCUGUGGACACUGUUCCACACGAUUUCUGUGAGCGACCUGAAGGUUAGUACAAAGUCGAAGGUGCGACCGUGGAAGCCGAGCAAGGUCAUGGCGGCCAUCAGGCUUUACGUGAAGAACUUUUUCGGAUGUGAAGAAUGUCGAGAACACUUUAUGGCGGCGAAUCCGGAGAGUAUUAUCCGUGAUCUCGCUGCUAGCGAUGGACAAGGGCCGCACGCUGUGGCGUUCUGGAUCUGGAAGAUGCAUAAUACCGUGAACAAAGUGACCAAGAAAGCCCAGUGGCCGUCGAUGACGGACUGUCCGAUCUGCUACGUGGAAGACGGCGAGCCCGCUUCGCUGGACCCAGUACGUCUGCAUGAGGACAAGAUCGUGGCCUACGUCACGAGCGCCUACGACCACGACGACGACGAGAUGUACGCAAUGAACGCGGCGCACAAUGGAACUCUCGUUGCGAUGUGGUCGUCGAUGGAAGCCUUCAGCGCCAUGAUGAUGGUGCUGGGCUUUUUCUUGAUGCUUGCGUUCGCGUACAAGACGAGGGCCAAUCGCACUCCAGGCCGAAAGGUGCUGAUGACAAGAGAUCACACCGCAUAG